AUGCGCUCCUCCCAGCUGGUGCGUUCGGCAGCGGCGAGCACUUCUUCCGCUGCCCUGCCGCCCCGAGCGCGCGUGGCUAUCAUCGGUGCGGGGCCGUCGGGCUUCUACGCUGCCUCGCGGCUGCUCUCGCGCAUUCCCUUCUCUUCCGCGCACUCCGUCGCCGACCAGCCGCUGGCGAUCGACAUCUUUGAGCGCCUUCCCGUGCCGCACGGUCUCGUGCGCUACGGCGUCGCACCGGACCAUCCAGACGUGAAGAACGUCGAGAACAAGUUCGCCUCUGUUGCCCAGGACCCCCGCCUGCGCUUUGCGGGCAACGUCAAUGUGGUGCACAGCCCGCCAUCCGGCUCCGGUCCAGGCGCACUGCAAUACCCAGAAGCGGUGCAGCUUCCGCUCGACUUGCUUUCGCGGUUCUACACGCAUAUCCUCUUCUCGUACGGUGCAUCUGCCGGCCGAAGACUCGGCAUCCCAGGUUCUGGACCGGGAGAGCUUGAUGGGGUCUACACGGCGCUCGAAUUCGUCAAUUGGUAUAAUGGUCAUCCGGCGUCACACGACGCAACAUUGCAGACCGCGCCGCUGCACAUCGACCUGGCGGGCAAGCAGCACAUGAGCGUCGUUGGCGCGGGCAACGUUGCGCUCGAUGUGGCGCGCAUCGUGCUGCGCUCCUCGACGCCGUUCCUCGAGCCAGGAACCGCAUCCGGGCGCGUUUCAUCGAACAAGGCGCCAGGUCUGGCGGCGCUGGAGGCGACUGAUGUGCCUGAGCCCGUGCUCGCCGAGCUUGCUCGGUCCAAGGUUCGACACGUGGACAUCUAUGCGCGGCGCGGACCGGCGCAGUUGGCGUUUACGAACAAGGAGGUGCGCGAGAUGCUCGCGCUCGAAGGGAUAGCGCUGCGUGCGCCCCAGAAGGAGCUGCUGGACGAAGCAGGCGCGCAGCUCGAGCAGCUUGCGGCGACCGAGGGUGGUGGAGAGAGGGCGCAGGAAGUGGCAUCGGAGGUGCGCGUCAAGAAACGUCUGCUUGGUCUGCUUGCCAAGGGUAGCAAGACUAAGCAUGCAGAGGAUGGAGUCAAGUCGUGGGCGCUCAACUUCUUCCGGUCGCCCGCCAGGAUCCUGCCACGCCAGAACGAUGCGCACGCAGUCGGUGCAGUCGAGUGGAACGUGACGGCGCUGCAGACGGCCAAGCCAACAGUGGCGAACCUCGAUGCGGCAGAUCCGAAGAAGGCGACGUACGCGGGCGAGCCCGCUUCGAUCUCGGCGCGCGCAACCGGAGAGACAGUCACCACCCCCACCGAUCUUGUGGUCGCAUCCGUCGGCUACCAAAGUCUGCCUCUCGACCCUUCGCCUGCUGCAGCCGUGCCAGCCGUUGAGGAAGGUCGACUCGUACGUCUGCCCUUUGACGCGCGGCGACACGUUGUCCCCAACCGUGCCGGACGCAUUGUGGAUCCAGUCAGUGGCGACGUUGUACCGCGUGCAUAUGUCAGCGGAUGGCUUGCCCGCGGCCCCACGGGCAUCAUUGCCUCGACCAUGCUCGAUGCGCACGCCGUCGCUGACUCGAUGCUCAGCGACAUGCACACCCAGGCCCCCGCCGACCCAGCCGAAUCGCACGCCGACCUGCUGCAGCUCUUGCAAAAGACGCAGACGCACCGCAUCGUCGGUCUCGACGACUGGAACCGCAUCGACGCCGAGGAACGUGCUCGCGGCCAAAAGCUGGGCAAGCUGCGCGAAAAGAUCCUCAGCGUGCGUGAAAUGCUCGCCCUCCUCCAAUAG